CACGUUGGUUUUGCCUCCCACCGUGCUUUUUUCUAACUCUACAAUUUCAAGCUUCACAAAUAUCACGGUAGCCAGGCAUUGGGAAGCAAGAAAAGUAAGUCAAACGUGAUACCAAACAAUGCCAUCAUCACUUACCACUUUCGCUCUCAUUCAUCUCUACUCCAUUUUCAAACCCCAAAACAAAUGGAGGGAAAAUAGUCGUCAAUUUCUUCUUCAACUAUUUCAUUCCCAACAACACUAAUUUCAUCAACCAAAAAAAAAAAAAAGCGAAACUCUCACUACUGUAUCAAUGGCGGAACUCGCAAGCCCUAAUCCAACAACGGUUCACAAAAAGCGACUUCCGACGCCUGCAACCACUUUUUUCGUCGGCUCCAAUGACGACCAACUCGAACGCGCCGCUGCUCGUGCUGCACGCGCUGCUGCCAUCCGCCGUACUGUUAACUUCCAAUCUCAACCCUCCGAUUCUGAUCCCUGUCUCAAUAAGCAACAGAUUCUUGAGUUGUUCCAUAAUUGCAUUAAGCUUGCUUCAGAAAAUAAAAUUAAUCAGAAAAAUACAUGGGAUUUGGAUUUGAUUGAUCAUCUUACUGAUAUUAUUAGGGCUGAAGAUGACAAUAAUACGGAGACUAAUUUUCAAAUGGCAAGCUGCACUCUUGAAGCUGGAGUCAAAAUUUAUUCAUUAAGGGUGGAUUCAGUGUAUUCUGAGGCAUAUAAAGUCCUUGCUAGAAUGAGUAGGGUGGGCCAAGAAACUGAGCAAGACGCUACUCUAGCGAGUGUUAAUGGUGAAGGUGGACGAGAAGAAAGCAAGAAAGGAAUAGACAAAAAGUUGUCACCUUUGUCAACACUGGAAUCAUCUUUUGAAGCUCUUAAUGUAAAGAAGUUUGAUGUUGCGUUUGCUGUGGAUCCCCUCUAUCGUAAAACAUCAGCAAAAUUUGAUGAAGGGGGAGCCAAGGGUCUUUUGAUGAAUAACCUCGGGGUAUAUGGUAGAUGUAGGGUGCUUUUUGAUUCACUAGAUGUGCCAGGGAAGUAUUUAGCUAGUCAAAACGAACAUGAUGUUUCAGAUACAGUGGAUCUUUCUUUUGCAAGAGAUUGUGUUGAACAGAUGUUAUCGGACAUGCAAAUUAAGGAGGAAAUUUCUCCAACUCUCAGGGUGAUAGUAAAUAUAUUAGACGAAACUGAUAGAAGGCCUUUUGACUUUCAAUCUAAUGGGCAGAAAUCAUCACAAGAGUUUGAUGCAGCUAUUGAUUGUGAAGUUGGCGCUGAAAUGGAAGAUUACGAGAACUUCCCAACUGGGCCCUAUGAACAUGACAACCAAACAUUUGUCAACGAAAUGGGCUCUAAUGAUGCAGACCCUAAUGUUCCAAGUUAUCCUCAGGAGGAAGAACCUUUUCCUUCCCAAGACCUUGAAAUGGAUGAACUAUUUGGAAAUGUCGACGAGUAUCUAUCUUUUAGUCUGGGUUUUAGGUCAAAGAAAAAUGCGUGGGCUGGUCCUGAUCAUUGGCAGUACCAAAAAGCUAAAGGUUCAGAGUCAGAAGUUCAUUGUUCAACUGAAGAUGCAUCAACCCUCAAAACUAGGCCGCCAAAGACUAUGAAACAGAUCGAAGUUGAUUUAGAUUUCACAAAUUUUCUUGGGAAAACACCUCCAGAUAUCUUUGCUCCUCCAAAGAGUCCCAAAUCGUUAUUACUUUCUGAAAAUAGACCUCAUUGUGUUACAAAACUCCCAGAGGACUGCCACUAUGAGCCAGAGAAUCUUGUCAAGUUAUUUCUUUUGCCUGAUGUAAAGUGUCUUGGGAGGAGGACGAGAAAGCUCUCAGGUGUAUAUACUGAUGGAUCGACAGAGCAAUGCAACAACAAUGAACCAUUCAAUUCAUGGGAUAAUGGAAGUGUUUGUGAUGGUGAGUAUGAUGAUGCACAUAGUGACAUGGAUGACUCAAGCACACUUAUUUCUCAGGCUCGUCAGAUCAAUAAAAUUGAAGUUCAAUAUGACAAAACGUCCAAACAAGUUGAUGUUCAGGCACUGAAACUUACUCUUUGGAACCAUAUUGAAGAAUCCGUUCACCUUCGUUUUCAGGGUGAAAAAGAAACGGUAUCUUUCAGAGAUGUUUUGGCCAACUUUCCAAGUGAAUGCAAUGCUUCAGCAACUGUUACCGACAUAUCUCCACAUUUGUGUUUCAUAUGCCUAUUGCAUUUGGCUAAUGAGAAAGAGUUGAGCAUCCAAAGCUGUCCCGAUUUGGAUGAUCUUCACAUAUAUAUGCCUACCUGAUGUUGCCUCUAAAAGUGGAGCAGUUUAGACACUCAUAGCUUCAUCCCAGUAAAUAGGAAAUAUUUUGGUAAGUUUUUAUGUGCAGUUCUCUGGCUUUAUUUCUUUGCACAAAUUCCAUCUAACCUUUGUUCAUAGGCUAGAUCUCAUUAGUAAACUUCUAAAGCACUUUUAGGAUAACAGAAGAUCGUGGAUAACAGGUUUCGGCUGUAAAGCAUGGAUGAAAUAUAUACAUUGAAAUGAAAAUUAGUCCAUUGGUUUCAGUUUUACUGUAUAACUCGUUUUUGAACUGAUACGGUAUGUGUUGAGAGAUUGAGUAUUUGGUAAAGAGAUUCUAUCUUCUAUGAUAUUUUGUACCAUUAAGACAGUCCAUGGCCCAUGUGCAAGUCUAUAUUUGACUAGAGCUGUUGUUUGGAACAAAAAGUUAUGUCGGACACCGUAUAAAAUA